CGGACGCACGCACGCAGCCAAGCAACCACGUAGCCAGCGACGACGAACGAACGAAACGUAAGCACGCACGUACGUACGCACGCACGCACGCACGACGCACGCACGCACGCGGUGUCCCGCGUAAGACAGACGGACAGAAGAAGAGUCUCUUUCGCUCGAUCGGUGGCACACGUGCGCACACCGGUGUCCUGUGUCCUCCUAGGUGGUCCGUACGCGAGUAACAAACCGAGUUUUGAGGGAAAAAAGUUUUGGAAAAAAAGUGUCUUGUGAGAGAAGCGAAACGCGCCAGAUCGUCGCUCAGUGUGUAGAACAGAGGGGAAGAGAAAAGGAAGGAAAGAGAGAGAGAGAGAGAGCGAGAGUUUCUCGUUCCGUGGAGAGGAACGCCGUGCCGCGACAGCCACGUGCCACAGCGUGUUUCGAAUCGCAGAAACUCCGACGAGUGCCGCGGGGAAUAAGAGUCAGUCCCCUGGUGACCACGGGAUGGCUCGAGUGUGUUAUUACUGGCCCGCGAGUUGAAACAACUGGCCGCCGCCGCCGCCGACGCCGUGUUCCUUCCGCAUGGGAUCGUUCAGGAAGUGGAUUAGCGCGCGAGGGGAGGUGCGGCUCCCUGACAGUGUCGAUGGUGAAGUACAGCAGUGAUUCGGUUAACCUGCGACCGGAAUCGCCGAGUGUGGAACCGACGCGGCCCUCGCCGCGGCGUGGCCCGAUUACGCGUCGGCCCGCCGCCGUCUGAGCGGCAGAAUUCUUGCCUUCGCUCCCGGAUAAUACCAUCCGGCGAACGUUCCUCCAGACGGAUCAGCCAAACGGAUCGCCGAACAAAACUGCGAGAGAAGCACACCGACAGAAGGCUAGACAGGCAUGUCACGGAGAAAGCAGGCCCGACCCAGCCGUGCCCACCUCGAGGAGGAUCUUGUCCAGGGCCCUCUGCUGAUCAAUGCCGUUAGAAACGUGAACGAGACCCGAGAGGAAAAUGACUUUACGUCGGAUGGCGAGGAGAGUGGCGGUGGAGGAGCUGGCGGAGACGAGGCCGUGGACCUCACGGCGUCCAGGUCGCAUCACGGCGACGAGGACGAAAAGGAUCAGGAGGACGGUUUGGAGGAGGACGAAGAGGAAGGCGUGGACGAUCAGGAGGAGCAAGAGGAGGACGAGGAAGGAUCGCGCAAGCAGAUGCAUCACAGACAGGACGCGGAGAACAAUAACAAUUUCGUAGAGGGUGGCACCGCUGCCGGCCUGUUCCCACCCGCUGGGACUAGUCACGUCACCCUGGAAGCCCUUCAGAACACGAAGGUGGCGGUCGCACAGUUCGCGGCGACGGCGUUGGCCGGUGGCGCCGACACCGAGGCCGCGCUCCAAGACUUGGCGCUGCUGCAGAGCACCCUGUACACGCUGCAGCAUCAACAAGUGUUUCAGCUGCAGCUGAUCAGCCAACUGCAGCAGCAAUUGUCGAUCACGCACAGUCAAACGAUGCAACAGCCGGCAACGGCCGGCGAGCCGUCGGACACGGCGAAGGAGAUAUCACCGUCGCCGAUCAUCCAGCCGAAACCGCUGUCCAGCUUGACGUCGCCGCCGUCGUCGCGUCCGCCGUCGCAUCAGCAAACCUCGCCAGCUCCGAUGACGCCGAGCCUGAGCACGCAGGAACGGCCGACGCCGACCAGCAGCGCGUCACCGUUGAAUAUCCCGCUGGUCUCGUCGAACGCGACCGGCACGACCGCCACCAGCAGCACCGGCAGCCAGGUGCCCAUGUCGCACCAGAUACCGCCCCUCUGCUCCAUCAGUUCUUCCCUAGCCUCGUCGAUAAUAACCAACACCGAUCCACCGCCGUUGCACGAGCCCAACACGCUGGAGAUGUUGCAGAAGAGGGCGCAGGAGGUGCUGGACAACGCGAGCCAGGGACUGCUGGCGAAUAACCUGGCGGACGAGCUGGCGUUCAGGGGUGGGAAAGGCUCCCGUCUCUCACCGUACGACUCAAAGUCCGGUGGUAGCGGUCGCGGGGAGCCGUUCUUCAAGCAUCGGUGCCGCUAUUGCGGCAAGGUGUUCGGCAGCGACUCGGCGCUUCAGAUCCACAUACGAUCGCACACAGGUGAGCGACCCUUUAAAUGCAACGUCUGCGGCAGCCGCUUCACCACGAAAGGAAACCUGAAGGUCCACUUCCAGAGGCAUACGGCCAAGUUUCCACAUGUUAAGAUGAACCCGAAUCCCGUUCCGGAACACCUGGACAAGUACCAUCCACCCUUGCUACAGCAAAUCGCCUCCGGUCAGAGACCGAUGCCGUCCCCGCCGCCGCCACCGCCCUCUCACCAUCCCACCUUUCACCCGACCGCGGCCCACGGUUUUUUACCCCCUCAGCCGCCGUUGCCGCUCAGCCUGGCCCUUCCCGGUAUACCACCCCUGUACAGAUCGCCGGUUAUCGCUCAUCGGGACGAUCAGGACGUGCCGGAGAACCUGAGCAAACCCGUUGUUGUUACCACUGCCCCGACCACCUCCCCACAUUCCCCCGCGGUUGCGUCCAACUCUCGUCAUUCCUUUCACGACAAUCACCAUCACCACCACCAUCACCACCACCACCAUCACCAACAACAACAACAACAACAACAACAACAAUCAUCACAACAACAACAACAACAACAACAACAAAAGCAGCAGCUCGAGCAGAGGGACGAGAUCAAGCACGAACAACGAUCGCCCAACGUUCAGGAACAGUAUCAACAGCAACAACGGCCAACCAGUCAGGAACAACCGACCGAGAGGAUAACGCCGAAGAAAGAGCCGGAGGAGGCCGAGGAGCCGACGGAGGAGGAGAGCGAGGACUUCGAGGAGGCGGCCAGACGGUAUUUAAAUUCACCCCAAUCCUCCGUCAAUCCAUCCUCACAACCGCAGACGUACGAAGACUGUAGCAUGGACAGUAAGAUGAGCGGUCGACUGGAAGGAGACGGCGACAUGGAGGUCGACGAGGAGAUCGAGGAACAGCCGGAGAAUUUGUCCGGUCGUGGGACCAUCGGUCGUUUGCCGCAACACAUUGUCGCGUAUCCCGGAGCAUCCCCUGCUAGCAGUAGCGCCAGUAGCGGAAGCCUUCAAACGUCCUUCGCGGGGAUUUUGUUCCCAGGGCCGCCGGCGCACCAUCAAAUACCCGCAGCGCAUCACGCCGCACCGACCGCCGUAAACGCGACCGCCAACGUUUCCGCCAACGAGAUGAUCGACCCGGCCAAGGAUCCGGCCAUCUAUUCCAGCCUGUUGCCACGGCCGGGCAGCAACGACAACUCGUGGGAAAGUCUGAUCGAGAUAACCAAGACCUCGGAAACGUCCAAGUUGCAGCAGCUGGUCGACAACAUCGAGCACAAGCUGACCGAUCCUAACCAGUGCGUCAUCUGCCAUCGGGUCCUCUCCUGCAAGAGCGCCCUUCAGAUGCAUUACAGGACCCACACCGGCGAACGGCCGUUCAAGUGCAAGAUCUGCGGCCGAGCGUUCACCACUAAGGGCAACCUCAAGACUCACAUGGGCGUGCACAGGGCGAAACCGCCGUUGAGAAUGUUGCACCAGUGCCCGGUCUGUCACAAGAAAUUCACCAACGCGCUGGUGCUGCAGCAGCACAUACGGCUGCACACCGGCGAGCCGACGGAGCUCAGCCCGGAGCAGAUCCAGGCGGGAGAGGUGAACGAAUUCCCACCGGGUUACUCGCAUCACCCGUUGGCCUCAUUCCUCCCACAGGGCUUCCCACCGAUUCAUCCGGCGGCCGGUGCCGGGUUCCCCUUGACUUUCCCUCCGACUCGACAGCAAGCGCUGGAAAGACAGGUAGUACAAGAGAACGACAUGGAUUCGAAAGACGAGCCUCAGCAGCAGCAGCAGCAGCAACAGCAACAGCAGCACCACCAGCAGCAUCAGCAUCAUCAUCAUCUUCAUCAUCAACAGCAACAGCAUCAUCAUCAGCAACAACAACACCACCACCACCACCACCACCACCAACAGCAACAGCAGCAGCAGCAGCAGCAGCAGCAGCAGCAGAGGUACUCCGAGGAGCAGAGCGAGGAAGCAGACGACCAGGACGACGAGGAGGACGAUCGCAGAGAGGACGACGACCGAUGCAACGUGGUGAAUCGCGGUGUAGACGUGGACGACGAGCAGGAUCGCGAGAGCGAGGAGAACGAGACGCAGAAAGACGCGAUGUCUCUGCCGAGCUUCUCGACCUCGUUGGCCGCCCUGGAGAACCAGGUGCGAACGAUCACGACGACCGCCACGUCCACGGUGGGGAACCUCGCCGCCAGGUCGCCGCCGUUUCACCGUUACAACGGCAGCGAGAAGAGCAACAGCCCUCCGAACCCAAGCGCCCCGUUGGACCUGACACCUCGUGCCUCGUCCACCCCGGCCUCGGUCGCGUCGGUGCCAACGCCACCGCCGCAGACGAGCACCACGCACCAUCCGCACCCGUUCGGCAUGUUUGCAGGCCUGCUGCAGGCGGUCUCGUCGCCACCCUCCACCAGCGGCAUCGGCUCCUCGAGCAUAAACAGCGUCGUCAACUCGAUGAACGCCGUGACACCGGGGAGCGUCUCUGCCGCCGGACCGUUGGCCUCCCUCACCACGUCCGCCGUGUUGGCCGCCACGUCCACCUACAAUCCGCUCGGCCUGGCUGUCGGCGGGCCAGCAGUGCGUGGAAACACCACAUGUAAUAUCUGCUACAAGACAUUUGCGUGCAAUUCCGCGCUGGAGAUCCAUUAUCGGAGCCACACGAAGGAGCGGCCGUUCAAAUGCAGCAUAUGCGACAGGGGAUUUUCCACGAAGAACGAUGGUUCCGGGCAGCAAGCAUGCAUCUGUGCGUCUCAACCGUUGCCCGCUAACAGUUCGAUCGGUUCGCCCGAUCCUCAAUUCGGAACAGCGUGCGCCAGUAGUCGAGAAAAAGCGAAACGCAGGCGGCGGCGGCGACCCGAGGAUCGGAAGAGCCGGGGGCGGAAAGGAGCCGGAGGGGGGCGGGGGCUCACGCCUCUCUAUCCUGCCAUCCGCCUACCCCCGCUGAUGUCGCCCGCCCUCGGACUUCUACCCUCGGCGCACGGCCUCCUGGGGAACAUGAAGCAGCACAUGCUGACGCACAAGAUCCGCGACAUGCCGCCGCACUUGUUCAGCGACUCGAAGCAGCAACACACCCAGCAGCAGUCGCAGGAGCACGAGACCUCGAGAAGCCCGAUGUGCGCGGAGGACUCGAGCUUGCCGCCACCGCCGCCGCCGCCGCCGCCGCCGCCACCGCCGCCGAUGCCGCCGACCUCGAUGGAGCAGGGCAUCGCGGUGAAACGAUCCCCGCCAGAGGGGGAGCUGCCAGCGCCAAAGAGACCAGCCAGCGUGCCGAGCAAACACUUGUGCCAGAUUUGCAAUAAGAAUUUCUCCUCAUCUUCGGCGCUGCAGAUCCACAUGAGAACUCACACAGGGGACAAACCGUUCCGAUGCACCGUCUGCCAGAAGGCCUUCACCACCAAGGGCAAUCUCAAGGUACACAUGGGUACUCAUAUGUGGACCAACGGAGCCUCUCGGCGAGGUCGUCGAAUGUCCCUGGACCUUCCUCCCCUACCCAUCACCCCCAAGGACUCGGAGUUCCUCCAGCGACGGCCGGAUCUUUUCUACCCGUAUCUACCCGCGCCAUUCCUUAACGGCGUGCAGCAGAAACUGAACGAGAUCUCGGUGAUACAAAGUAACAACGGCCUGCCGAGCCACUCGGUGGCCGCCGGCAAGUACGCCGGUCUGUUUGGCUCGGUGUACGCUGCCGGUGCCGGGUUCCCCCUGGACAAGCAACCGAUGGCGGCGAGCAGCAACGGGCCGCUGCUCGACGGGAAAUCAUCCAUCCCGUCCGGGUCGAUGCUGUUCCAAACGCCGUCGCCGUCUCACUCGCCAGGCACGCCAGGAUCGAACGGUAGCAGCAGUCAGAACAACAACGCGAACGUGUCCUCGUGGACGGGGGACGCUCUUCAGCAUCACUUCGACAGAGAACCGCCGGCCAGGUCGGAAAGUAACUCGACACCGCCCUCGGCUCGACUACCGCCGCCGCCGGCCGCCAGGGGUGAAGGACUGGCCACGUGAACCUCGAUCGACGAUGACGACGACACAUAUCCUUCUUCCUCGAGGCUUCACGUUUCCGGUGACUGAACUCCGUCCUGGAGCUGUUGCAUAGACACACAUACACACACACACACGCACACACACAUAGACAGACAGAGAGACAGAGAGUGGUGUGUGGUGUGUGUGCGCGAGUGCGAGUGCGAGUGCGUAUGCGUGUGUAUGUGUAUGUGUAUGUGUGUGUAAGAGAGCAAGUUUCAGUGCAUUUCACGAGCCGAAGGACUCGGGAGCCGAACGUCCGACGACAUAUCCUUCUCGAUCACCAGAGCCAGAGCAGAUACCAUGUUCCUAUUGUCACACUAGUCUUUAAAACGCGUUCGAGAGGACCUUGCAAGGCACACGCACGACGGCUGAUGACGGCCAGCGUGUCACGGUGUCAUGCCUCCCCCGACAGCCCAACCAACCCUCUGGGUCCCUCUUGAGAACUGUUCCCCCUCCCCCCUGCCCCCCGCGAACACGUGCUUUCGCACCGAGGGACGACGGACGCGGUGCCUAGACUGAGUCCACGAGGGCCGCAAGACACGUGGUGCCGCGACGUCCUGGCCCUCCAUACUCUGACCGUCCAUGCGCGACAGUGAUGGUCACCUCACUUAGGAUUAUCUCGUACGUUAACAUUAUUAGAGAAUGCGCCUGUUACGGGGUAUAUCGCCUAAUCGGUAUCGCCGAUUCAAUCUGGGUCGGUGGUGAUGGUGGUGGUGGUGGUGGUGGUGGUGGUAGUGAUGAUGGUGGUCUCUCUUUCGCGUUCGCACGAGCAUCAACCACCUCUCCCCGAUUCGAGACACAGGCGCGUCAACGUCCAUCACUUCGGAGAUCUCGGAAUGUGUCCGGCCGGAAUGCGUUCCGGUCCGCGUUCGUGUCUUUUUUAGCAUUUGACUUUUGGCAUUUGACUUUUAGUUCGGGCAAACGGUAACGAGGAUAAUUCGCGGAUACCGCGGUUACGCAAGAUACCCCGUACAGGGAGAUAUAAAUAAUAUACAUAAAGAAAGAAGAUGAUAUAUAUAUAUAUAUAUAAAUAUAAAUAUAAAUAUGAAUAUAAAUAUAUAUAUAUAUAAAUAUAUAAAUAUGAAUAUACAAAUAAAAAAAUAUUCUAUCGGUGCGAAGGGGUAUGUAUGAAUGCGCGAGUUGUUGUAUACACGUGCGAGUGUAUUUUGCGUCGCUUUCUUUUUUCCGAGAGGACGUCGUUUCUAGGAGUUACUUUCGAAGCGGGCCCGGCAGCGCCCUCGCUGUGAUAUAAGAGGAGCAGCCUGCAAUCAUUUAAACCAAUGUACUUAUACUUUGUAUCAUAGUAUUAUUAUUUACACUCGAUGUACAGCACGCACCGCCGAACGUGUCCCCCCGUCGUUAUUUUAUACGGAAACACAGCUGACGUCGUUCUCCCCCGAUACCCAUCGAUCUCGAGUCUUUUCCCUAGCUCCCGAACAUUCUCGUUCGGUCGAACUUUAUUCGACUUGUUGUUCCAUUGUUCGUACACACUCAAUCGAUCCUCCGGUGACAGUGAAAAUUCGUGUCUUUUUUUUUUUUUCUUUUUUCUUUUCUUUUCUUUUCCUCCCCUUUCUGUUUCUACGCCGAAUUUUCCACGACGAGCGUUGUUGUUGGUUUGCGACGAUGAUUCGUUAAUAAUUAAAAAAAAAGAAAAAAAAAAAAAAAAAAAAGAAGGGAAAAAGUAUUUAAAUUGCUUCGAAAAAACAACAGCGUGAAAAUUUGUGAAAUUUGAAAGGAAACAACCAAACUGAAGAGAAGAAUUUUUAUCUCCACAUCGCGUGAAAUCCGGAUUAUAUCUUCAAAAAGAGAAAAAAAAAAAAAAAAUAUUAUCUCGAAACGCACGAACAAUAAUUUCUCUCGCUUGAUUGAAGGCGUGUUCGCUACGAAUCGUGGAACUCUAACGAUAAAUCAAAAAAAGUCAUCGCGCGUUCGAAACCGUGACACAAUAUGCCAAAUUCGUCAGUAACGAAGGAGAGACGUUGAAAGAGAAUUGUUCCGAUUAGCGUGUCAUUGGCAACGGCGAGUUGCAGAAGAAAAUUUGCCUCGAAAUCUGAAUACGACAUGACUGAAGGUGCAUGCAUCGUGGGCUGUGCAAUCGAUCACGUUCGUUCUCAUACUCGAAAAGUAAUACUCUCGUGUAUAAUGGCUUUCCUUGUAUGUUCUCGUACGUUUAACCACAUGAAAUGCGACAGAAGAAAUAAAUAAUUAAAGGUAAGAAAUAAUAGGCGAGAUACGAUACGAUAUGUAAAGAGAAACGUGUAAAAAGUAACGAUAGCGGCAUACGUGUAUCCAUUUAAGCACUUUACGUAAUUUAUCUGAUUUUUAACUUAGCUUAGGAGGUAACUUUUUAAGAGCUCCAUCGACUCGAGGAUAACUCUCAUUGAUAAGCGAGAGCGUAAAUACAUGUACCGCGGUCUCGACGAUGGCUGACUUGCGUCAAUCAAAAAAGGUUCCAAAAAUGACUUGUAAUUACGAUCGAAGACGUUGGAUGUUGGAAACUCGCCCAAUUUCAGACAAAAAUUUCAUGCCAUGAAAAUUGAAACAAAUAUAUAUAUAUAUAUAUUGGAAAAAAAAAGUAUGUGUUCGAGAAAAAUGAUAUAUCUACAGUCUUCAAACGAAUUCUUUUGCUUCCGAAUUUCUUAAUACUGGCGGGAUAAUUCAAACAGAUUGCUACGUGGUCAUUUCGGAGAAACUGACGUCUUCGAUCUCGAAAAGUAAAGCAAACAGUUCUGUGUAAAACGAGGAACGUGUUGAACAAACGGCUCAAUGAACAGAAGGUAAAACGAACGAUUUUUAAAUAUUCUUACGGUGUAUGAGAAUCGAGUCGACGACUGUAGUGAUCCGAAUGAAAUAUUGAAUCCACAUUUUUAUCGGUAAUCUCUUCUCUUACGUUCGAGUCGUGAAAUUCGUUGAAAAGCAUAUCGAGACAAACGUACGUACGUAUCCGUGCGGGGUUCAUGCGUUCAUUUCGUAAAAGUAAUCGUAUUGGAUAAUUGCCAGGAACGAUGAUUAAUAGCUGCGACAAUUCAUGCUGCAAAAUAGACGGAUAAUAAAUAACUUUCGAUUCAGCCCGCAGGUAUGGAAUGACGAAUUGAACAAACAACAACACUGAAAUUGUAACGCGUAAAAUAAAUUCACGUUGAAAGGAAGGAAAUGAUGCUGGGAGAGAGCGUUCGAGAGUUUGAAGGGUAGUUUUUAGAAAGAAAAAGAAUCAAAAGUCUCUUUCGAGAGCGGCGCUCGUAUACACAUAUACAUGUAUACAUGUAUAUAAACACUGCUGUAAAUAACAAACGUACGAUAAGCGUAAAAAAUGUCGGGUUAGAGAAGUCGAUGUAAAUCGUUAGUGUGCUAUUAAAAAUGUCUCGUAAGUUAAGUGGAACGUUUACACGUUUGAAGAGUGCAGAUGUCUCGCGUGCUUGCACAAUGAUCGUUUUUAAAUUAAGAAAAAAAAAAAAAGAAAAGAACAGAACAGAAAGAAAAAGAUGGGAAAGGGGGCACGGAAAGGCUGGCAGCUAUUUCCCGAUUGUAAGUCCUGUGAAGUUGUCCAAAACAAAGUAUUGCUUGUACGAUCUUAGGUUUUUCUGUACAUAUUGUAUAAUCCAUGUAUAAACACGAUUCUUGCUAGUUGCGAAACCUGUCUCAUUGUAGUUAAAUUACGUUAAAUUACGAAUCAUUAUAACUAUAUCACUUCAAUAAUAAACAAUUAUUAUGAGAA